AUGUCCUGCCAGGGGCGGGGAACCCUCAGCCGAGUGCCUAAGCGGGACCGACCCCAGAACCGCGGACAGAUCCCGGCUCCGACGGACCGGCUCCAGCACCGCGGACAGAUCCCAGCUCCGGGCGGAGCGGCUCCAGCACCUCGGACAGAUCUCGGCUGCACGGACCGGCUCCAGCACCUCGGACAGAUCCCGGCUCCGCGCAGAACAACCCCAGCUCCGCGGACAGAUCCCGGCUCCGACGGACCGGCCCCAGCUCCGCGGACAGGUCCGUGGUGCUUCCGGGCUCCGCCGGUGGGAGGAGGGAGCUCGGCGCCCGCUCCAGCCCCGCUCCGUGCCUUGGUGCCCCGGGCUCCUGUGUACUGCUGGCAGCCCGCUGCGUACUGGAUAAACGAAUACACCUCCACCUUGGGGAUUGGUGUCUUCCACUCUGGCAUCGAGAUCUACGGCAGAGAGUUUGCCUAUGGAGGGCAUCCCUACCCUUUCAGUGGGAUUUUCGAGAUCACACCUGGCAGUGCGGUAGAACUUGGCGAGACCUUUAAAUUCAAAGAAUCCAUUGCCUUGGGCACUACGGACUUUACAGAAGAGGACGUGGAUAAGAUUAUGGAAGAGCUGGGCAAGGAAUACAAAGGCAAUGCGUACCACUUGAUGCACAAGAACUGUAAUCACUUUUCUUCUGCUCUGGCUGAGAUAUUAUGUGGGAAAGAGAUCCCCCGCUGGGUGAACCGCCUGGCCUACUUCAGCUCCUGCAUCCCUUUCCUCCAGAGCUGCCUCCCCAAGGAAUGGCUGACCCCAGCAGCCCUGCAGAGCCACAUCAGCCUUGGCCUUCACAAGGAGGAACAAGGGGACACAACGGAUGAGGAGUCCCCCUCCACCUCUGCAGCCCCCUCAGCCUCAGGCACAUCACGAACCUGUAGACAUACACGGGUCUAAACUGCCCAGUUUGCCCCCAAAUAACAUCCCUGCUCUUUUGUUCUAUCCGUUUCUCACACCCUUUCGCACACAUUGGUUUCUCUUUUCAACAGACAACACAGGGGAGGGAAGACCCUUUCUGCUUCAGUCCCUUUUCCAUGGACAGCCACUACAGUUGCUUGGCAAAAUGACUGUGAACCCCAACACAGAACUGAGGAUUGUGGUGACUAAACUGUAUUUCCCUCCAGGGGCCUCCAUGAUCCUUGAUCUACAGAGAACUGCUGACUCUCUCAGGCAUGAGAGGAUGUGUAUGGGCAGACUGCACAUACUGUGAUGUUCCUUCUCUGGAACCGUUUUAUCUUUUUAUCUCUCCCUCUACCCAUUUAAGCCCAGCAGUCUCUUCUCUAUUUUGGCUGGGUUUUCCUUUACCCAAUGACAAAUCACCUGCCCACAACCAGUGAAGGAACCAGAGCCAGAACUCCUCAUCUCUUAGACCAGCAACAAACUGC